AUGGGCGCUUUCGAUCGCGUAAAAGCUCAAGUGGCAUCAGAUUCAAAAUGGACAUCCAGUCCGUACAAGGGAUUCAUAGCCGGGAGUCCAUCGAGCACAUACGUCGAUAUUGUCUCAACAGCUUUCGAGGACGCAACGAACACAAUGAACUUUGCUCGUCACUCGAAAUACGAUGAAAUGUAUACUCCUUAUCUUGGAUCAUUCCGCGAACGACACAAUUACACUUCGAUUGCACCCAGCUUGUGUAUCAACAGACCAAACCGAGCCAUCGAAUACGACAUGUCACCACACAAAGCAUACAAUCCACGACAGUCUGAGUGGCUUCUUGAGAAGGACAAGAAGUACAGAGUUCGUGGAGCUCGCAAUAUAAUCCAUUCGAAGAGCGCUUCGGAUCUCAGUAUGCCUCCAUUAACUCGUCGUACUUUCACAGUGCCAACUGACACCAUGCGUCACCAAAACCAAUUCCUCUACUGGAAUGGCCGUGCACUUGGACUCGACUACGUCGCUCCAUUCCUUCGCCGCGAAGACUAUUCUCGUCACGAAGAUCGUCGUUAUCAGAGAAUCUACUGGUCUCCACAAUUCAUCGACUUGCUUCCAUCGUGCCGUCACUCGGCUCAUCUUAUGCUUUCCGCCUAUUAA